AUGUGUCCUUCCAUGGAACAACAUCAGAAAGAAUUGCAACUCCUCCCUCCUCCACAAACACAGCCUUCUUCAUCCCAUGCUUCAUCCUGGCCGUCCGAUUCUUCCAUAAAAUUCCGAUCAAUUGAUCCAUUGGAGGGGCCAUCAGUAGACCUUCAACUAUCAAUGAGUCUCCGGCCAAUGAAACCGCCGUCAGAUUGUGUUGAGGCAUUGAAAUGGCAGGCGGCGGAGCAGAUUCGCUUAGCUGCUGUCGAGAAGUCGUACGCAGAGCGCGUGAGGGAGCUUACCAGACGGGAAAUGGAGAUGGCGCAAUCGGAGUUUGCCCGAGCUAGAUACGUGUGGGAGAGAGCUCGAGAAGACUUUGAGAAAGCUGAGAAGAUGAAGGAGAGAGCGAGUCGUCGGAUAGAUUCUACUUGCAUUGAGAUCUCUUGCCAAUCUUGCCGGCAAAAAUUCCGACCUUAA